AUGACUGACGUAAUCACGGAAAGCCCUGACCUGAAGCAGGAGCUCGGUUCUCCCGGCCAGAAGCGCAAGCGAAGUGCCGGAGAACAGAGUCCGGAUGACCGUCGCGCUAAGCGUGGGGCGGCUCCCGCUGCCACUAUGGUUCCUACAGAUUCUGCCCUCGGCUUUCUCGAGGCUGCUGCCAACGACGCUGCCUCCGCUGGAGUAGGCGUCGAUCUAAGCGCCCUCCAGCAAGCCAACGAAGCAGCCAACCAUAGUGAGGCGAUCCAUCAGCCCGUUGUUACCGAUGCGACGAGUGCCUCUAGCACUGCGGCCGCCGCCCUCGGUUCCAUGUACCCCACGAUGCACGUACCGGCCACGACCGAGCAACAGUUUGCCCAGGCCGCGGUGGACGGAACGAACCCUGUGGAUGGUGUCUUUGCUGAUGUCGGCCAUGUCCCCCAUGACCCGAGCGCCUCCCCGCCGUAUCUCUUCCCCCGGCGCCUCCCCCCGCCUGUCCAGGCCGCGCAACCCGUCCAGCACCCCCACCAUACCCAGGCCCAACAGAUUCCGCACGGGCAACGCGCAGACUAUCAAUACCGCAAGCCUGCCGUUGGUACUGAGGAGUGGCACAAGUUGCGAAAGGAUAACCACAAGGAAGUUGAACGGCGCCGUCGCGAAACAAUCAAUGAGGGAAUCAAUGAGCUCGCCAAAAUUGUUCCUGGCUGCGAAAAGAACAAGGGCGCGAUUCUGGCCAAGGCUGUCCAGUUCAUCCAGACUCUCAAGGCCAACGAGACGUCCAACAUUGAAAAGUGGACGUUGGAGAAGCUUCUCACAGAACAGGCCAUUGGCGAACUGAGCGUUUCUAACGAGAAGCUCAAGGCGGAGUGUGCCGGUCUUUAUGAGCGAAUCGAAACCUACAAGCGGUACUUUGCGGAACAGGGCAUCGAUGAUCCCACGACCAAAGUCGAACAAGCCCACGGGGCCGAGACUACCGCGAACGACUCAUAG